UCCACAGAUAACCACAGAUACUUGGCCUUCAACAAGAUGGCUUCACACAGGGAUGAGAAAGUAUCCCUAGAACGAGCCAGUUCGGAAAGGCCUUCACAGGAACAAUCUACAUCGGGCAUCGGUACCAGCAGAUCACGUUUGCACUCAUGGUUAGACAGCGUAACGUUCUUCCUUACAAAAUGGGGUGUUGAAACCAAUGGAGUCGACCCUAUACCUCCGGAAGAUCGAACCAGUACGAAGUUAUUCCAAAUGUUCUUUGUAUGGUUCUCUGCCAACAUGAACGUCCUAGUGCCCAGCUUUUUUGGUCUAGGGGUAUCGCAAUGCCUCGUUAUUCUGCUUAUCGUGGACAUCAUAUCAUGCACUGUGCCCGCAUAUUUCGCAGUCUUCGGUCCGAAACUUGGCACAAGGUCAAUGGUAACUGCGCGUUUUUCCUGGGGUUAUUACGGUGCUAUUCUACCCAGCGCUCUUACGGUCUUCUCUAUGCAAGGAUUUCUUGUUUUGGGCUGCAUUGUUGGAGGUCAAACUUUGGCGAGUGUCUCCGAUCAUCUAGAUGAUACGUUGGGUAUAGUGAUCAUUGGUUUGCUAUCCCUCGCUGUCACAUUUUGCGGGUACAAAGUGAUUCAUUGGUAUGAAAGUGUGGCUUGGAUACCCAACGUCAUUACGUUCAUUAUUAUGCUCGGAAUCGGAGGAAAGCACCUCUCGAAUGCACCAGCCUCAAUACCAGUGACGGCUUCUACGGUUGUCACGUUUGCAACGACAACAGCUUCCAGUGUCAUCAGCUGGUGUAUGUUGACUCCUGACUAUGGGGUAUAUCACAGCGAGAAAGCUUCUACAAUGCGAAUAUUUACAUACACAUAUCUCGGUUUCUUCAUAGCUAGCUUUACGGGACAUUCCUUGGGUGCCGCUUUUGCGGCUUCAGCGAACAACGUGCCUGCAUGGAAUGCCGGCUUUGACAAUGGCAAUAAUGUCGGCGGUCUUAUGAAUGCAGUAUUGGCGCCUUUGGGCGGAUUUGGCAAGUUCCUCACUGUAUUGGUUGCUCUGUCGGUUCCCAGUGCAUGCGCUCCUACGAUGUACUCAUUUGGGAUGAGUUUCAUGACUAUCGGUUCUGUGUUCGCUAAGGUGCCUCGUUAUGUCUUCAUGGGUGUCUCGGAAGCUAUACUUAUUCCUGUUGCGAUCAUUGGAGCGAAGCGCUUCUACGUCACGUUUGUGAAUGUUAUCAGCAUCAUCGGAUAUUGGAGCACCGUCUUCGCUGUGAUCGUGCUCGUUGAGCACUUCCUCUUCCGCAAGAACGACUUUAGUCGUUAUAAUGUCACGGAUUGGAAUCAACCACGCAGACUUCCCAUUGGUCUAGCUGCACUUCUAGCCUUCUGCGCAGGGUUUGGCAUCAUCGUCCCUUGCAUGUCCCAAACAGCGUACGUUGGUCCCAUUGCCAAUGCUGGUGCGGGAGACAUCGGCAUUCUCACGGGGUCUGCUGUCGCAUUCAUUGUAUACAUUGCCUCACGGUCCUUAGAGCGUGCAGUCACUCAUAGAUGAUUGGGCUUGUAGAAACAGGGAUUUACAAGUUUGUGUCAAUUAUCAUUCGACUACUCCAUAGCAAGUCGCCGAGAGCGCUGAAGCAUACAUUAUAAUCCCUCUUCCGUUAGGGUUGACCACUCGUAGGUUCAAGGUCACUGUACCCGGCUACAUAUCCAAAAUACAAUGCUUCGACAAGCAGAAAUCUGUUGUCCCCAAGAACCUCUGUUUUGGGAAGCCUGUAUGGAUGCACCGUUGGGCGUUUCUGCGGGAGCACCCAAAAUACUUCCGUCAGCAUGCCCUAUGGUCCGCAUCCGGAUUCCUUCAUCUGAAUUGUAGAAAGACGAGGUUUUCGUCCAUAUCACUGGAUGCAACAUCUCUGGCAUGUCGUAACCUUCUGGUCUACUUGGGGCCUUCAUGAAGUUGAAUCAAUCUUGGAGAAGGCUGUCAGGUCAAAUGGGGGCGUACGAUCAUUACUACCCCUUGAUUACUGGAACCAUCCCCAAGGGUUCGAUUCUCCACCAAGAACCGUUUUAGUAGCUAGCUGGAAUCGCGGGCACACGCCUUGUAACGUCCAUGAUGGCCACUGAAAGUCGGGACUUGUUGAGGAUUCCGAGCACUUGGCCUCGGACGGUCAAUUUGCGAAGUCACCGAAUAUCUGAUUCCGCUGAUGCGUGCCUCUUCAUUGUUCACUCAAAGCAAAUGUGGCAGGUCCGUGGUCCGAAGUGCAAGCAAGCAAUAUUAUGCCCGCUCGCCACUCGCUCGCAGUGCGGACAACCUGUCACUCCGUCACAAGUACGAAAUACUUAUACCGAAGCUGGACUAGCCGAAAGGG